ACAGAGGCCUUUGAAAUUGUUGUUCGCCACGCCAAGAACUACACCAAUGCCAUGUUCAAGAACAACUAUCCGAGUCUGACCCCACAAGCUUUUGACUUUGUGGGUGAAUUUUUCACUGAUGUAUCUCUCUACAUCCUGGGUUCUGACAUCAACGUGGACGACAUGGUCAAUGAAUUGUUUGACAGCCUGUUUCCAGUCAUCUAUACCCAGCUAAUGAACCCAGGCCUUCCAGAGUCCACCUUAGACAUCAAUGAGUGCCUCCGAGGGGCAAGGCGUGACCUGAAAGUAUUUGGGAAUUUCCCCAAGCUUAUUAUGACCCAGGUUUCCAAGUCACUGCAAGUCACUAGGAUCUUCCUCCAGGCCCUGAAUCUUGGAAUUGAAGUGAUCAACACAACCGAUCACCUGAAGUUCAGUAAGGACUGUGGCCGUAUGCUCACGAGGAUGUGGUACUGCUCUUACUGCCAGGGACUGAUGAUGGUGAAGCCAUGUGGUGGCUACUGCAAUGUGGUCAUGCAGGGCUGUAUGGCAGGUGUGGUGGAGAUUGACAAGUACUGGAGAGAAUACAUCCUGUCUCUGGAAGAACUGGUGAACGGCAUGUACAGAAUCUAUGACAUGGAGAAUGUACUGCUUGGUCUCUUCUCUACGAUCCAUGACUCCAUCCAGUAUGUCCAGAAGAACGGAGGAAAGCUCACCACCACGAUUGGCAAGCUAUGUGCCCAUUCUCAACAACGUCAAUAUAGAUCUGCUUAUUAUCCUGAAGAUCUAUUUAUUGACAAGAAGGUAUUAAAAGUUGCUCGUGUAGAACGUGAAGAAACCUUAUCCAGCCGAAGAAGGGAACUAAUUCAGAAGUUAAAAUCUUUCAUCAGCUUCUAUAGUGCUUUGCCUGGCUACAUCUGCAGCCAUAGCCCUGUGGCUGAAAAUGACACUCUUUGCUGGAAUGGACAAGAACUCGUGGAGAGAUACAGCCAAAAGGCAGCGAGGAAUGGAAUGAAAAAUCAGUUCAACCUCCAUGAGCUGAAAAUGAAGGGCCCUGAGCCAGUGGUCAGUCAAAUUAUUGACAAACUGAAGCACAUUAACCAGCUCCUGAGGACCAUGUCUGUACCCAAAGGCAGAGUUCUGGAUAAAAACCUUGAUGAGGAAGGGCUUGAAAGUGGAGACUGCGGCGAUGAUGAAGAUGAGUGCAUCGGAGGCUCUGGCGAUGGAAUGAUGAAAGUGAAGAACCAGCUCCGCUUCCUUGCAGAACUGGCUUAUGAUCUGGACGUGGACGAUGCUCCUGGAAGCAAGCAACAUGUGAAUCAGAAGGACAAUGAGAUAGUUGCCUCUCACAACCUGGGGAAUGGCCAUCCUCCCCUGAAGCUUCUCACCAGCUUGGCAGUCUCUGUGCUGUGCUUUUUCCUCCUGGUGCACUGACUGCCAAGCUCACAGGAUAUGUGCUGCCCUUCAGCACCCUGUGGUCUCCCUCUAUAAAGGGAACCACCUUUUUCUUUUUUCCUAUUUUUUUAUCUUCUAUACCUCCUUCAGCCAUUAAGUAGAAAACUAACCCUGCGUUACGUUUUCGAAAAUCACAUGGCAUCUCCAUGAGGAGGGUAAAUUUUAGUGGUAGUAUAGAUUGUCUUUUGCAAUAAAUCAAAUUGUGCCAAAUUAUUUUCCUAUGUUUGGCUGCUAGAACAUGGUUGCCAUGUCUUUCUCUCUGUCUUUCCCUUUGCAUGGAUUUCUUUGGAAAAAAAAAAUAAUAAACACUCAAAUAAAAA